UCCCGCCGGACGAGCCCCCCAGCCCCCAACCACCAAACCCCCCGGUCCCCCUAGCGAGGCCCACCAAGGCACGCAUGUAAGUCAGUGAGUAAGUAUGAUCCACAGCGUCAACAUGUCGCGCACCCGCGUUCUCGCGUGUGACACCCUUUUGUCAAAGUACCUCGUCACCCAUUCCAGCCCUGUCAGGUACAUACAUACCUCCUAAGGCUGUUGUUUAACCUGUUAGCUCUCCUCCCUCUUUGUGGUUGGCACUGGCUGCUGGCGCGGUCUCGUCCGGGCUGAUCUGAUUUCGGCUGCCCACUCCACUCGUUUCCUAUUUAACAACCCGUUCCUCUUCCCCACGUUCUUCACAGUCUUUCUUGAAUCCCAUUUCCAUCCACCAAUACAUCCAUCCCAUCAACAACCACCACCCACACUCAGCCUCAUCCGUCAUUGCCUUGUGCAAUCUCCAACCAACUACACCCCACUACAUUCUUUACAUUAACCCUCUAUCAACAUGACUGGACGCGGCAAAGGUGGCAAGGGCCUCGGAAAGGGUGGUGCCAAGCGUCACCGCAAGAUUCUUCGUGACAACAUCCAGGGUAUCACAAAGCCCGCUAUCCGACGUCUCGCUCGUCGUGGUGGUGUCAAGCGUAUCUCAGCCAUGAUCUACGAAGAGACCCGUGGUGUCCUCAAGUCCUUCCUCGAGGGUGUCAUCCGUGACGCCGUCACCUACACCGAGCACGCCAAGCGCAAGACCGUCACAUCACUAGACGUCGUCUACGCCCUGAAGCGACAAGGCCGCACCCUGUACGGUUUCGGUGGUUAAGCGGAGAUCACGUUUUCUAUUUUGGUUGUUGGGAAUGGCCGGGGGGGCCUGGGGAGUUCAUGUCUGUUACGAAAUGUCAUUUUUCUUCCUUCGCAACACAACACGCGCAUACACACUACAUAGUACAUUUGCCACAGAGCAUGCGUCGCACUGGUGGUUUUGAGUCAUGACGAUCUGGGAAUUGGGGUUCUUGCUUUUUACAAUGGGGUGUUUACAUGUACCAUAAGGGCUACGGUGGAAACUAUCGGAAUUCCCCUUGAUGAGGAUAAUCAAUGAAUCCGUCGAGGAACAUUUGUGAAACAACUUAAC